UCGUGGAGGGUAGACGUGUUGCUCCCGAGCCUCCGUGAGGCGGCGUCCGCAACUUCUGGGGAGUUUUCUUCCCGACCCUCGACGGACUUUGUAGUAGAUGUAGUUAUUACGGUGUCGUGUUACGCCGUUUAUUGAGUAAUGGUGUCCAUUUCCUGUUCUCACUUAACUUCUACAACCCUGAUGUAUCUCAGUUUUGUGUACGAUCUGAAUAAUAAUAAUAAUAAUGAUACCUUAAUGAAAAGUGACGGUUAUUCUAGUACACUGAAUGCAGCUUGAAACUCACCCACCCAAAUAUUGCCGCGAACAACAUUUUAAGAAACAAACGCAAAACUUUCUCUCAUAGAUCUAUUUACGACCGUGAACAUCCUGACACCCUUAACUCAGAGGACGAAGACGUAGGGAAAAAGAAAGAGAGAAAGAAACUCGAAUCGACAGGGUAGGGCAAGAGGGGCCUCCUACCACCUACUUGACGGGGGGGACAUCAUGAUAUUAGGAGGAAUGAGGAGACCUUGGCUGCUGUUCGUAGGAUGUGUCCCAGUCAUCCUCAGCUUCCUAGGUGUGGUGGAGGCUGAGACACUACCUACCCUCACCCUCCACCCGUUCACCUACUUCACCUUACCACCUCCCCCUGCCUCCACACCCCUCCCCUCCUCCACACCAACCUAUCCCAUCAUCCCUGAAACUAAUAGUUCCUCCUCCCCAAUCCUCAUUUUCCCCAUCUCCUCCUCCUCCUCCUCCUCCUCUUCCUCUUCGUCUUCCUCAUCCUCCUCCGUGUCUCCUAGAGGAUCCCCAGAGCCUUUGGAGGACGGGCAAGAUGAGAAGGAAGGAAAGCAGGAAGAGGAGGAAGGGGAAGAAGGGGAAGAAGCCAAGGGGGAGGUGAGGGAGCCUUACUUCGCCAACCCCAACACCUCUGUCAGCGUCCACCUGGGGAGUAAGGCCACUCUAGACUGCACCGUCCAUGACCCAGCAAACCAUUCGGUGUCAUGGAUGGAACAAAUGGACGAUAAACUAGAGCUGCUCACCUGGGACUCAUACACCUACGCUAAUGACAAGAGGUACUCGCUGGUUCAGACGGUCGGCGACAGAUGGCAGCAGUGGCAGCUAGUGAUACGUGACGCCCAGCUGGAUGACCAAGGACAAUACCGCUGCCUCCUAACCGCUGAGCCUCCUAUGGUACACUUCAUCACCCUCAACGUCAUUGCUCCCCGGGCCCGCUUGGUGGACGAGAGGGGGACGGAGGUACUGGAGAAGCACUACAACAGCGGCAGUAUGAUCGAGCUGAUGUGUCUCAUAGAGAAAGUGCCCUUCCCCCAUGGCCCCGUCACCUGGCGCAGAGGAGCCACCGUCCUCACCUACAACACCUCCAGGGGCGGCAUCAGCGUGAAGGGAGAUCCCAGCUCCGGAUACAUCAGGAGCCGCCUGUAUGUCGCUGACGCCUCGCCCUCAGACUCCGGCGUGUACUCCUGCUGGUACAGUAACUACACCAGCGACGCCCUCACCGUGCAUGUGAUAGCUGGCGAAAACUCGGCAGCGAUGCAACAUGACGCUCUGCCAGACACCAGCAGCCAAUCGCCUCCCUACGCUUCCUCCACCACCUGUCUCACCAGCUGCACCACCCAUCUGUAUCUCCUGCUAGCCGUUGCCACCUGCCUCGCCACCUGCGCCACUACCACCUGCCAGACCCUCACCUCCUGGUUCAUUGCCACCGUCUGUUUGGGGAUAACCACUUUCUGGACUAAAACCAUCUGCCAGGACUUAACCAUCUGGUUCAUCACAGGAAUCCACAGCUGGUUGGCUAAUUGGGCAGUUAUUUUGACCACCACCUGUCAAGAGUGGGUUGCUGUCAUAAUAACCACCUGUUGGGGCAUAUGCCAAUGGGUACACAGGUGGCUAGGGACCUUGGCCUCCACCUGUGUUAAGAACAGCUGGUCUCUGCAGGAUGGUCGGCAGAUGGUCGUGAGUGGCAGGAGGAGGAGCAGCAGUAGGUCUCCCUCUACCAGAUGAUCACACCAGCUGACUCCUGUUGAUUUAAGCUUUUGAUAUCUGGGUCUAUAAACUCGUGUGUGUGUGUGUGUGUGUGUGUGUGUGUGUGUGUGUGUGUGUGUGUACUCAUAUAUGUGUUUAAGUGUGUGAAAGUUUGUGUACAUACAUUAUACUCACAUUUGUGUUCAUACUUACAUGUGGGUGCGUGUAAAGUAACAUGCGUGUGUGUUAUUCAAGUGAAUGUAUACUGUGUGUGUGUGUGUGUGUGUGUGUGUGUGUGUGUGUGUGUGUGUGUGUGUGUGUGUGUGGAUGUUCACGAGUAUGGUUGUGUGUAUACAUAUCUGUUGUUCUCUGUGGCAGUCACACUCAAUACUCACCACCAGCUCUUGUUGUAUACAGUAUAUCAUGUAUGGAUUAAUGUUUGUACAUACAACAUCCAGAAGA